ACGGUUGACGGAAUUGGGUCUCUGAUGGGUUUUCACUAUGAUGACAAAAGAUGAGGUAUGUGGUUAGGGAUAUUAUACGAAUCAAUCAGCCUUCCGUGCGUCACGGUUGGCAUCCUAGGCGGCGUGGUACCGAAGCGCAACAGCCGCUUCGGUCUCAACUCUAAUACUCACCCCAAAAAAUGAGUGAAAAACUUCUAGUUAUAGUAAUAACGCAGCUAAUUAGACUUAUUUGCCUGAUUCCAGUGAAGAAAACAAGUCAGUAUAAUAUCAAGUUUGACAGCGUGACCUAUUCAACCAAGUAUUCAACUUUGCACUAUGGAUCACGAACUUAUUUUUGCAUGCAUGGCGGCAUUUGUGAUCUCAUGUCCAUGGUGCUGUACAUGUUGUUGUGGAAAAAAGAAACAGCAACAGGAAAACAACCUACCUGUAACUACACAAAUGGAUCAAUUCUGAUGGUGGUCGAAAUUCCAAAUGUAUUGUGACACAAUGUGACGCAACAUGUUGUGCAACAUGUGUUGCGACACACUGCCCUAAUUGCCGUUGCGCAAUUCACCCACCAAGCGGCCACAUUGCAAACUACACCGAUCGGCGCCAGUCAACUCAACUAUAACGUUGAAUUGAAACGAUUAUCAAAUUAAAUUGUAUUACUCUGCAUGAAAUAAAACUGUUGGUUAAUAUUUGAAAAAUUAAAACGUAUUCAACGCCAAAAAAUUCAAGUUAAUCGGUUGGCACAUUUUCGAGAUAUCAUCGUAAUUGCAGGAGGAGGUCGACUUGCCAACAAAAACUGGCUCUUCCCGUUGAUAUAAAAAGGAUCGAAAAUCUGAAGGAUCCCAUCGUUUAUCUUAACUGUGUUCUUCUAGAUAUAACGUAACUUGUCUUUAACCUGUGCAAACAAGAUGGAGGAAUCUCGUGAGAAAGUCAAAAUGGUUUGGCGAAAGAUUUGGCGAAGAUUUUGGUCCGACGAAGAUUAUCCGAUGGAAAUGAUCAAGAAAUGGCGAAAAGUGUUGAGGCGUGUCCCGGCAAAUUAUACGCCACCAGCCUCGUAUCCACUCCCUUCAACGGAUCCCCAGCUCAUCACUUACGAGGACUGCGAGGCAUUUUUCCAGGCUGUAACCGGAGGAUCCAGUCAAGAUGUGACUGACAUUCUGCAAACCCACGGGCCGGCAGUGACCACCGAAUUGUCGACAUCGUACAACGAACACGGGCAGACGCCGCUGCUGGUGGCCAUCCAGCUGGGAAAUUUGGAAAUGGUUCAAUUCUUGGUUGACAAACUGGACGUUCCCAUCGUGCAAAUCGGACGAUUCGUGUGCGGUGGCGUCGAAUACCUGGACGUCCCAGCACUGUACGCGGCUAUCGUUUGCGGAGAGCUGGACAUUGCCGCCUACCUCCUUACCGCGGAAGUGAGAUCACAUCAAACCGACCCAAUGAUCGAUUCCAUCGUCUCCAGUCCCAACGGCCGACAAGAGAAGAUCAACAUUCUGGAACUGAUGGGCGCAGUCAAUUUUUACUUUUACGAAACGCAUCCAGCCCCGCAAAACGGCCUCAAGUACUGGAGAGCAGCCCUGCAUCUUCGUCACUCGACAGCGGCUGACGAGCCGGAUCUACCCAAAACUAUUCUUCCAUCAGAAGCUGGCCUGGCUUUCGGCUUGACGUCCGAGUUUACCACAUUGGAACAACUGGAGCAGCUCUCCAGCAACACCUUCGAGCUCUUCACCCAGGGACUUUUGGUCAGCCAGCGAGUGCUGGACAUGGUGCAUCCUGAUGGUCCGCACAUCUUUAAUCUCACCUACUUGUGCCGAUGCGCUUCCGUCUAUUCCUUCGGCCAGCAAGAGCAGAGCGGCGAGGCCAUCAUCCGCGCGUUGAGGCUCUUUCUGCAGCAAUCGGAGCAAGGACUCGAGUGGAAGGGAUGGAAGACGAGUCGUAUAGUCAACUGGGCCUUGGACAUCAUGACGAAAAGUGUCGCCCAUCUACGACAGAAGAAGCCGGCCGGCCAGGAAGAAUUCCCGUUUGCCAGUCUGAUGGCCACCUUCGAUUUCGCUUGCAGUUACAUGUCCCAUCUGCAGGCAAAUCGCAGACUCGAGAACAUCUACCCCAACACUCUGGUCAGUCUGGCCGGUUUCAUCGUCGAACUGAUUUUCUGGGCCAGCGAGAUGACGCCACAAUGGAGCCACCAGGAUCGCCAACAGUUUGAGCGCAGUCUGUCGCUCUUCAUCGCCAAGGAUCACCGGUGGGGAAACGCCAAUCAGAAUCUCCUGCACACCAUUUGCAAUCUGACGAGUCUCGGUCACAUGCUGGUCGCUGAAAUUCCUCAAGACAUGGAUGACAAUGACGACAGCAGCAGCAGCAGCAGCGACUCCGGGAGCCAAGUGUCCGGCUCACUCACCGGCAGCUAUGGCCACAGUGAUGAUGGGCUAGACGACAACAGCGAAUUUGACUGGAGCAACUACAAUGAUGAGAGCGACCUGGACAGCAGUAGCGACUGUGAUGCUGACGCUGGCGGCGACUUGAUUGACAGCCCUGAUAUUAGCCCUGCUGAUGGUGAUGAGAGCCAAAAUGUGCGUGACGACGACGUUUCUAAUUUGUCGGAGGAUGAAGUCAUUGAUCCAUACGACUACGACUACAGCACUGACGUGAGCGGAUGUCCGUCGUGUGCCCAUCACCGAGAUGCUCAGAUGUGGUCGGACGAACGUGACGACGCGGAAUUUGUGGAAGUGAUGAGUAACCAUGGCGACGAGGAAGAGCCGACUAUUACUCGGGCCGAGGAUUCGCAGCUGCUUCUGUCUGUGACCCGGUUGAUCCUUGGACUCGGAGCCGAUCCCAACGCCGCCAACCUGUACGGAUCGACUCCCCUCCACUUGCUGGCCAUGAAUCGUGACAGCGUUAUUGCCCAAUCUUGGCUGCUGCUGGAAUACGGGGCCCGCAUUGACCAGCAGCAAUUGAACCAAAGCAACUGGACACCCUUGAUGCUCUUCCAGCAAUGGCAAAGUCAACUCGCCAGUCAGGGCCAUCCCGAUCCUGACCUUCAAUUUAUCAUCAACUACGUCCCGCCACCGUCUCUGAGGUGUUUGGCUUCUCAAGUCUUGCACAAAAGUGGAAUUCUAUUCGACGAGGACCAGGUUCCGCCCGCUCUACGCCACUUUCUUCAGUCAAUAAUUUAAUAAGACGCCGAUUGGAAUUAUUGUCAAGAAUUUCCAAGAUUAAAUUUCUCAGCUGUUUUCUUUCAGUUUUGGUCAGCACUGUUUCCGUCAGUUGAUUUCAAUACAUUUCUUUUAAA